GCUGCUCUAAACCACUGCUAACUGCCACUGCCUGGGGGAUACAUACCAUCUCUUGGGUGCAAAGACUGCAUUCAGGUCAGUUUCACAAAGAUGGAGCUGAUUUCCCUCAUCAAUCACUUUUCCCUUUUGGACUGCUACUUCAACUUGUACACUACUCUAGCCCUGGCUCUAUUCAUCAGCCUCUUCCAAAUGAUCCAAUGUAGCACCUUUGCAUAGUACAAGAGACUUGACCAAGCAUAGAGAAGCAUCUUGUCCUUUUCAGUCUUACCUGAAGUCACUGAGAAUCCCCACUCCCUGGAGGAACAGCUGGGCAGUUGGUUCCCCUUUGAGACUGGCACACCAAUGGUGAGUUUCAGUAUCCCCUUUGUUCAUGUCUGAAUUUGACUCAGCCCCCACCACCACCACCACAUUUGGUUUUCUCAACUUACAACAGCAAUAUGUACUUACAAAUUUAUUUAAGAGAUUUCCUACCUUUCUUUCAGCACAAAGUCAGGGCAGGUUACAGCCAUGUAAUCAAAUAAUUUGUUGUUUAGUCGUUUAGUCGUGUCCGACUCUUCGUGACCCCAUGGACCAGAGCACUCCAGGCACUCCUGUCUUCCACUGACUAAUCAAAUAAUAGCAAAAUCCAAAAUAAAACAAUUAUAUGACAAUACAGAUGAUCUCACAGAUAUGGUGCAGAAAAUGAGAAAAUGAUCAUUCAUGGGGAUGGAUUUUCAUGCUUUAGGGAAGAAAGCACCAGUGUGGUGCCAUGAUCAUAAUGAAAAUGGCAUUUUAACAGUCUCUGUUAAACUUUGAUAUUGAAUGAAUUUCUAAGUGAGAUGGGAAGAAUAAAAAAUGACCUGAGAGUAUUGCAUGCUUUGGCCACCAGGAGGAAGUAGCCUUAUAAAGAUCCAGACUGUUGGUCCAUCCAGCUUGGCAUACUCGAAGCAGACCAGUGGCAGCUCUCCAGGGGUUCAGACAGGGAUUUUUCUUGGUCCUACUUAGAGAUACCCUGAUGAAACUUGGAACAUGCUUCUCUCUGCCUGAUGGAUCUGUUCCCUGUUUGGUAAGGUGGUAUUUCCAACUGGUUGUUCUUCCUUUUGAAUAACUUUGCUGCCUCCUCUCUUCCUAGAAGGAACAUGUGGAACACAGAAGUCAUCUCCAAGCAGCUGUUGGCAAAGAAGAAGGUAAGCCAUUGAGACAGGAACCAGCUCAUCCCGGUGAUUUGAGAGAGAGAGAGAGAGCGUAAAAACUACUGCUGACAUUUGAUAAUUCACAUGGUCUUUUCUUAGCAUCUGUGAAAGUGUACAUACACACCCUUGUCAUUUGUUGCUUGGGUUUCUUUAAUAAGAUAACUGCAAGAUAAUAAAACCCAAAUUAAAAAUCUUAAACAACAGCAACCUUAUUUAAAACUGAAAUACACCCAGGAGAACUUGUAGAGGAUCGCCUAACAAAAGUACUUAGAGUUGAGUUAGUAAACGCAAUCUAGAAUGCUUUCAAUGCCCAUUACUCCUAACCAUUGGACAUGCUUGCUAGGGUUGAUGGGCACUGGAGUCCAACAACAUUUGGAAGGCCACAGGUUCACCACUGCUGCUCUGAAAUAAAAUCAGUGCCUCUUGGGUCUCCAAAUUGGUAUAUAUGUUUUCUAAUACUUCUAAUAAAUAUAUAAAUGUGCCAUGAGUGCUGACAGGGAAGUAUCAGGCCCCUGCAGGUCAAAAAGAGACAGGACGCUUGGAAUGCAACUGGCUUUUUAUUCACAGAAAGUAACAAGUGAAGUCUUCCCUGCUCAACUCCUUCAGCUUGAGAAGUUGCAGGAAACUGAGCUUCGGAUCUGCCUUUCCCCUCUACAGCUCUUCCCAACAGAUGGGGACUGCAAUGUGGCAGUGAGCUCCUCCUCUGCUUCUGCCAGACUCAUUGCUCGACAACAUGUAGGACACUCCAAGAGGGGGUGUGAGAGGAGGAGAACCAGCAAGACUGGAAUUGUCCUGCUGUGGAAUGGUCAGUGUACCCUCCAUCCCUUCUCGCCUCCCCUCUUUCUCAUUUUGCUUUGAAUGUGCUUUAUUUCUAAGUUUAAAUUUCCUCUUCACAUUUCACAAAUAUUUUCAACAGGAACAAAAACAAACACUUUACAAAUCCAAUGUACUUUCCUCUUGACUUCCUUCCCCUCCUUUCUAGUUUUAUUUAUUUUUAUUACUGCAUAUCCAAUUCAUAUCUAUUUACUAAUUUCCCCUUAUGUUCUCCCUAGCUUUCUCUUACUGCACUUGCUUAUGUCAGUCCUGAUAAUUUUUUGAUUUCUUUACAAUGUAUCUUCAGAUGGUCAAUAAUUCCCCCCAAUCCAUUUUAAAAAGUCUUUAUUCUGGGUUUCUUGUUCUUCUGGUAAGUUUCACCAUGUCUGUGUACUCCAUUAGUUUUAAUUGCCAACCUUCAUUUGUUAGAACUGUUUCUUCCUUCCAUUUUUGGGCAUAAAUUAUGGAAGGGCCUUCUUCCUCUGACCCGCUCCCUCCCUUGAUUACUCCACCCUCCUGCUUCUAGCACCUCCCACCACCAGGACCCAGGGUCUAAGUCCUCGUCUUCUCUGUCUUCCCUGGGCAGCUCCUGGGUGGGAGGCUCCUGCCACCAGUGGCGGAACUUCAUGCUCUGGCACCGGGGGGUGGAGAGCAGGCAGGAGCAGGGGCAGGGCUGGUGCGUGUCCUGGGGGUGCCCAGCGCAGGCAGGGGGGCAGCCACAAUGGCACCCUACUGGGAUUGCGCUGCCAGGGGUGGUGCCCCCCCGCACACCUCUUCCUCCGCCAGUGCCUGCCACUCCUCCUCAUCCAGCCAGUUCCUGACAAAAUAUAAUUGUCUCUAUACCAAUUGGUUCCAUACCAUCCUGGAGGUGAAGGAAAGGUCACCAGUGCCUUCAUUUGUCUUACAGGUACCAAACACCAGGAGAUAGACCCACAAAAUGGAGGCAGUUGCCAUUCCUCCAUCCGCAGAUUGCUAUGUGACAACGUGACCUGUGCCAUAUGUGACAGGGCAGCCAAGGAGGCUGAGGAAGUGCUGCGUGUCUAUGCAUCAAAACCUGGGCUUCCUGCUUUGCAAAUGCCAUCACUUCCCGUUGCCUCUUAUGUGGGGAGCUGCAGCCUACCAGCCAUUUCUGCUCAAAGAGAUGACACAAUUUUUCCAUGGAGCAGCAGUAAACCUGCCACAAACUGUGGCCAUCCAGAAUUGGGCCCAGAAACAACACCUUCAUCCAGAAAGGAGCAACACAUUCCCAAAGGCAAGAGGCAGAAGGAGAAGCCACUCCAUUCUGCUCAGCAAGAUGUUCCCAUCUCCAGGGAGAAUGACAUAAGUCCCAGCUGUUCUGACAGCCAUUCCAUGUUUAGUAUAAAUGAAUGUUAUGACAGCUCUGAGGACAGCAGUGGGGAAAUGAGUGAUCCCUUUUGCUUCUCUUCUAGCACAUCAUCAGAGCAGUCUUUCAAUAGUUGGGAAGAUUACAGUCCCCUUUCUGACCUGUCCGAGUUAUCAAAUUUCAGCAAAAAGAGCCACAUGCCUUUGAGGCAAAAGAAAAAUGAAGGGUCCUCUCUUAAUGAGAGGAAGAACCACCAGGGCAUGAGAUUCCACCAUACAGGAACAAGGCAUUUCCCCAGUUCUUUAUCUGUGAUCUCCCAAGCAAAUAUGAAGUCUCCUAGGAUUGAAUUUGCUACCGAGGACACUCCCUUUGUGGCUAAGGCUGUGAGAAAGACUUUGGAGUGGCAUUUGGUUGUGAAAAGUAUUCAACACAAAUUGGGUCUUCCAUCAGUCAUCACCAGGUCACUCAGGGCCUUUUUGCCUCUUGGUAUGGAUUUCACUUGCCCGUACCGUCCAAAGAGGGAGCUUACUGUGUUGAUGAGGCCUCGGCUUCUUCCUUUCAUGAGUGGGGCAAAGAGGAGGACACUAGAGAAACACAUGAAAAAAAUGAUUCACAUGCAAUGUCGGGUGUUGCCAAAGCAAGUCCAAGAGGCCCUCAAGCACAUGAAGCUAGAUUAUCACCUCACCACAGAUAUAGCAUCAUCUGCAAACAGGAAAGGAGGCCGAGGAGGAGUCGUCAAGGGUGAGAGGGAAGGGAAACUUCAUAGGCAUGUUCUACAUUUGGAAUCCACAGCCAGGGAAACAGCCCUCAAAUCUCCCCCUCCUUCCAAAGCAAACCCCCAGACUACAACUGGGAAGAAGUCAUUUGAGGCCAGACAUGAGAUGCUACUUCAGUCGCAGCAAAAUGUUGCGUUUGUCCAAGCAAGGACAACUUUUCUUCCUGCUAAGGAGGAGCAGUGUUUGGAUUCCCAUGUGCUUAAAAAGAAGGUGCAGCACCCAUGGGACCAGCCCAUACUGAUACAAGAGAUCCCAUUCAUUGAGCAGGAGACUUGGGAGGAUCUGGAAUGGCACGUGAGAAAAAAGAGGUUGCAGCAUGAUUGGGGGUUGCCAAGCCUUGUCCAGAGAUCUCUCCAUUCUGUUUUCCCAAUUGUCCCCCAAUCACAGCAGCACCGGACAUUGCAGCACAUGGAGGUGAAUGUUCUUCUGGCUGAGCUCUCCUUCCUUAGUGAUGCCAUCAUCCAAGAACUAGAGCAGAACCUGCUGAAAAGAAUCAUGCUUCACCGAUGGCACUUACCCCCAAGGGUCCUUGAGUCCCUCAGGCUACUUUCCCCAGAGAUGGUGACUGUUGCAGGGAGACAGGAUGGAACUAGGAUAGGGAGGAGGACAAUGCCAAGUCAGCCUUUGAUGUACCCCACACUUCAGUCUGAAGCAACAGAGAAUAAGAUACUCCACUUGGAUGAAAAAUGGCUGGAUGGUUCCCCAACCUUGGCCAUGAGUGCAAUGAAGCCCAAACUGCUGCCCGCGUUUCCUAGAGCUAGAGAAGUUGCUGCUGAGUUCUUGGAAGUGAGGACAGAGUUUCUCUAUGCUCAGGUCAGAGAGAAUCUGGAACUGCACAUUAGAAAAAAGAAGCUGCAACAUGAAUGGGGCUUGCCUAGUCUUAUUCAGAAAUCCUUGCAUGGCUUCAAGUCACAGGCUCCCCCACUGCCCAGUCUCCAAAGGACAAAAGCCCAUGUCUACAUUCUACUACAGAAACCAUCAUUCCUUCCCCAAAGCACCUACAGUCAGUUGGAUUUCCACAUUCAAAGGAUGAAGCUACAGAGACAAUGGAAGUUGCCUAAGAGGGUUUUGGAAUCUAUCAAGCUUUUCCGCCCUGUGUUUGGGACAGGUCCCUUGGAACCACAAAUUACAGAGUACCAAAAUAAAAGCUGUGACUCUCUGGGCAGAUUCUCCUCUCCCAUCCCAGUAGCCAGAGAAGAGCUGGUAGAGGCAAGGCAGGCAACAUUUGUGGGUGAGAACAUCUUCACACAUGGACCCAAGGCUUACAGGGCACAGCAAAUGGUCAGCCCACACCAGGAUAUGGAGGCAGGAGAAGUCCCUGAGGGAGCUUUUUCUGAAUCAUCAGCUGCCUCUACGGAUCACCAUAGCCUCAGGAGAAAGUCCACAGAAACUGAUCUCCAGCCCAUGGGAAGCUUCAAGAUCACUCUUGAAGACUCUCUCCAGAAGUUUGCCCCUCUUUAUAGCCAAGUGAAGCCCAGAAGCACAUUUCUGCCCUUUCUGGAGGGUGAAGCAGUGGAUAAGGGGGAGCUGAACACCAGGCACGAGUUUCCAGAGCACCAACCUAGUCAACAGAGUGAAAUCUUGAAUAGGAAAUAUGCCAUAGCCAGGGCAGCAGUGGAAGACCGCUACUUCUACUGCCCUUGCUAUUGGAUAACAUACAAGCACCCAGGAUUGAGUACUGUACACCAAGAAGUAAGCAACAGAAAAACAUUUGGGUUGAUGCCUGCCUCCCCACAGUCAGCUCAAGUUCUUUCUAUGCUGAAGCCCCAUAGUUUGGACAAGAUGAACCACCACUUGGCCAAGAAGCACAGGGAGAUGCAGUUGAGAGAUAUUCCAAACGUUGCCACCUCAUCUUCAACAAGGGAACAUUUCACUUUCUUGGGGGAGUUGCCCAGCAUGCACUUGGAACCUUUGGCUACAGUGUUCCAGGAAAGAUGCUCCCCAUCCCAAAUCAGCCAAGUGAAGAUUGGGGUCCAGGAGCUGGAGCCCCCAAUAUUCCAGAAUGAAGCAAGGGAGUUGCUUAUGACUAGAUCCCCACAGCCGAUAUUUGCAGACACUGCACACAAACCCUCUUCAGAGACAUCAGCAACCCGUGCUUCAAAUAUAAGACUUCCUAAACAUUCAAAUAUGAAUCUUUUGGAAGACCAUCUCAAGGAAAAAAAUAUGGAGGCUAAAUUCCAAUUGACGGAAGUAUUCCAGGAGCCAGUGCCAACAUUUCUUACAAAGGAAGGCUGCGAUCUUCUGGAACUUCACAUACAGCGCAAAAGACUCCAGCAUGAGUGGGGGCUGCCAUCUCUUGUGCAGAAAUCUUUGCAUGCCUUUGUCCCUCUUCCACCUGAGCUACAGAGGAGUAAAAAAGUAGGAGCAUCAACACAUGUCACUGUUGAGAAACUGGGAUAUCAAGAGAAAGUGACUGCCCAUGUACCACAAUCUGUGUUAGAGGCCAUCCCCCCUCAAAAGGCCCUGCAUGUUGUAAGUCCAGAUGUCAAGAAUGGCCUUGAAGCCCACGUGAGGAGCUGGGCCACGGAGCACCAGUGGGGACUUCCCAAACUGAUUCAGGAUUCUCUGAGGGCAAUUGCUCCCACUCAACUUGAGUCCCAUUUCAAAGAAGAAAAGCAUCAUACACCACUCUCAGAAGAUCAUCGUAAGUCCUACGAGCAAGAUGAAAUCCCUCCUCUUUCUGAGGGAAGAGAGCCUUUGAAGCAACUCACACCCGAAGCAGGAGCCAGGGGUCAUCCAAAAGCUACUAUCCACCAAGGACAUGGAGUGGCAACCACAGGCACAGGUGUGGAACUGACUACAUCUGAAUCAUCUGAGGUGAAGCCGCCUUUGCUCACAGAGGAAGCUUGGAAUCUCCUGGAAUUCCACAUUGGAAAGAAGAAAAUCCAGCACAUGUGGGGUCUUCCCUCCACUGUCCUGAAGUCCUUAUGUGCCUUUGCCCUAUUUCCCCCUGAUCCAGAGAACCAUCGGGGAGAAAACAUAACAAAUAUUCACCCCUGGGAUUGGGUAGAAGUGAGAACGAUAAUCAAUAAUCUUACGUUCAUCAGCUUGGAUAUGAAGGAGACACUAGAGGCUCACAUGAGGAAUAUAACCACAAAGCACAGAUGGGAAAUACCAAAGCGGGUACAGGAAUCACUGAGGGCAUUUAAACGGCCCAGAUCACUUCCUCAAUCUGAUCCAUUAUCUUGUCAAUACAAAUCUUCCCAGGGGCAUACUAAUGGUUCCCAGACUGACGAUGACAAUGAACACUCAUCAGAAGAAGCCAAGAGAAGGGUAAAAGGAAAGCAAGAGAGGACAGGAACUGUACCAUCAAACUUUAAAUUAACUGCUUUCUUAAGCCUUGAGGUGAACCUAAAUUUUCUCACAAGGGUCACCCAGGACCUGUUGGAAUUCCACAUCCAGCAUAAGAAGAUCCAGCAUGCAUGGGGCCUACCAUCCUCUGUGUUGAGGUCAUUGAAGGCCUUUGGCCCAUUCCCCCUUGAGAUACAGAAACAGAUGCAACACACAGGAAGGAACAUGACAACGGCAACCCAAUGCAAUGGGAUGCAGGUACAAGUAAUUAUCCCAAGUCUCUCCUUCCUGAAUCCCAACACAAAAGAGCACCUGGAAGCUCACAUGAGGAAGAGGGUAGUACAGCACAGGUGGGGCCUUCCAAAGCAGGUUCAGCAAUCACUGGGAGGACUUCUCCGUCACAGACAACCUUUCAGAUCAGGACAGGACAAUGUGCGGCCUUACCCGAGCAAAUUCUUCCAAGUCCCUACAGCUGAUUCCCAGACUGAAGAUGACAAGGAAGACUUGGUGAAGGAGGAAAUGGGCAACAGAAGGACAGCAGGGAAGAUAUGGGGCUUUCCUCACGGGAAGCAGGGAGCAACCACAGCUGUGAACUUUGAAGAAACUACUUUGUUAUGGUCUGGGGCAAAGCUUGCCUUCCUCACAGAUGAAGCGCAAGAUCUUCUGGAAUUCCAUAUCCGACAGAAGAAACUCCAGCACACAUGGGGCCUACCCUCCUCUGUGCUGAAGUCCAUGCAUGCCUUUGCCCCAUUUCUCCAUGGGUCUCAGACGCAUGUGCAAAGCUUAGACAAGAGAAUGACUAAGGCAAACCAAUGGGUUAAGAUAGAAGUGAAAGAGAUUGUCUGGGAUCUCUUCUUCCCAAGUCCAGACACAAAAGAUCUCCUGGAAGCUCAUGAGAGGAGGAGGGUGGUUAAGCGCAGAUGGGGCCUUCCAAUGAGGGUUCAGCAAUCACUGGGAGUAUUUCUACAUCCCAGACAUGCUUUAGGAUUGGAAUCGGAGAAUGCACAGUAUUUGUCUCCUCACUACAAAUCCUCCCAGGUGGCUACAGAUUACUCUGAAACACAAGGUGACAAUGAAGACAUGAAAGAAUUCAAAGUCAAGAGAAGAAAAACAGGGGAAAUGGAGGUCUUCAAUCAAUUGAAACAGGGAGCAGACUCAUCUAUGAACUUGAAUGUAACUGCUUUCUUAUGGCCUGGAGUGAAACUUGGUUUCUUAACCAAUGAGACCUGGGAAAUUCUCGAAUUUCACAUCCUGCGCAAGAAACUCCACCAUACCUGGGGCCUACCCUCCAAUGUGCUGAAGUCCCUGCAUGCCUUUGCUCCAUUUCACCUUGAGACAGAGAAACACAGGCAAAGCAUGACCAUGAGAUACGCAUGGGAGAAAGAAGAAGCCCAUAUUAUUUCAAGGAGUCUUACGUUCCUCAGCCAAGACUUACAGGAGAACCUGGAUGCCCAUGUGAGGCGUAUGACUACACACCAUAGGUGGCAACUUCCAGAACAGGUUUCACAAUCACUGAGGGCAUUUCAGAAUCCCAGAGCAUUUUCCCAAUGUGAGUUGGGUGAAGCAAGGUCUCUAACACCUUUUCAUGGCAAAUUUCUCCAAGAGCAUACUGUUGAUUCCCAGACUGAAGAUGAAAAUGAAGUCUUGGUGGAGGAGGAAAUGGACAACAGAAGAACAGCAGGAAAGGGAUGGGUUAUUCCCCAAGUGAAGGAGGGAGUAACUGUACAAUCAAACUUUAAAUUAACUGCGUUAUCAAGCCUUGAGAUGCACCUAAAUUUUCUCACAAGGGUCACCCAGGACCUGUUGGAAUUCCACAUCCAGCAUAAGAAGAUCCAGCAUGCAUGGGGCCUACCAUCCUCUGUGUUGAAGUCAUUGAAGGCCUUUGGCCCAUACCCCCUUGAGAUACAGAAGCAGAUACAACACACAGGAAGGAACAUGACAACGGCAACGCAAUGCAAUUGGAUGGAGGUACAAGUUGUUAUCCCAAGUCUCUCCUUCCUGAGUCCCAACACAAAACAGCACCUGGAAGCUCACAUGAGGAAGAGGGUGGUACGGCACAGGUGGGGCCUUCCAAAGCGGGUUCAGCAAUCACUGGGAGGAUUUCUGCUUCCCAGACAACCUUUCGGAUCUCGUCAGGAUAAUGUGCAGCCUUCCCUAGGCAAAUUCUUCCAAGUCCCUACAGCUGAUUCCCAGACAGAAGAUGACAAUGAGGACUUGGUGAAGGAGGAAAUGGGCAACAGAAGGACAGCAGGGAAAGGAUGGGACUUCCCUCAAGGAAAGCAGGGAGCAACCACAGCUGUGAACUUUGAAGAAACUAAUUUCUUAUGGCCUGGGGCAAAGCUUGCUUUCCUCACAGAUGAAGCGCAAGAUCUUCUGGAAUUCCAUAUCCGACAGAAGAAACUCCAGCACACAUGGGGCCUACCCUCCUCUGUGCUGAAGUCCAUGCAUGCCUUUGCCCCAUUUCUCCAUGGGUCUCAGACGCAUGUGCAAAGCUUAGGCAAGAGAAUGACUAAGGCAAACCAAUGGGUUAAGGUAGAAGUGAAAGAGAUUGUCUGGGAUCUCUUCUUCCCAAGUCCAGACACAAAAGAUCGCCUGGAAGCUCAUGAGAGGAGGAGGGUGGCUAAGCACAGAUGGGGCCUUCCAAUGAGGGUUCAGCAAUCACUGGGAGUAUUUCUACAUCCCAGACAUGCUUUAGGAUUGGAAUUGGAGAAUGCACAGUAUUUCUCUCCUCACUACAAAUCCUCCCAGGUGGCUAGAGAUUCCUCUGAAACAGAAGGUGACAAUGAAGACAUGAAAGACUCCAUGGUCAAAAGAAGGACAAUAAGGAAUAUGGAUGUCUUCAACCAAUUGAAACAGGGAGCAGACUCAUCUAUGAACUUGAAUGUAACUGCUUUCUUGUGGCCUGGAGUGAAACUUGGUUUCUUAACCAAUGAGACCUGGGAAAUUCUCGAAUUUCACAUCCUGCAUAAGAAACUCCACCAUGCUUGGGGCCUACCCUCCAAUGUGCUGAAGUCCUUGCAUGCCUUUGCUCCAUUUCAUCUUGAGACAGAGAAACACAAGCAAAGCAUGACCAUGAGAUACCCAUGGGAGAAAGAAGAAGCCCAUAUUAUUUCAAGGAGUCUCACGUUCCUCAGCCAAGACUUACAGGAGAACCUGGAUGCCCAUGUGAGGCGUAUGACUACACACCAUAGGUGGCACCUUCCAGAACAGGUUUCACAAUCGCUGAGGGCAUUUCGGCAUCUCAGACCCUUUCCACAAUCUGAGUUGGGUGAAGCAAGGUCUCUAACACCUUUUCAUGGCAAAUUUCCCCAAGAGCCUGAAGCUGAUUCCCAUUCAGAAGAGGACAAGGAAGACUUGGUGGAGGAGGAAAUGGGCAACAGAAGAACAGGAGAGAAAGGAUGGGGCUUUCCACAAGGAAAGCAGGGAGCAACCACAACUGUGAACUUUGAAGAAACUUAUUUCUUAUGGCCUGGAGUGAAGCUUGCUUUCCUCACAGAUGAAAUGCAAGAUCUUCUGGAAUUCCAUAUCCGACAGAAGAAACUCCAGCACACAUGGGGCCUACCCUCCUCUGUGCUGAAGUCCAUGCAUUCCUUUGCACCAAUUCUCCAUGAGUCUCAGACGCAUGUGGAAAGCUUAGGCAAGAGAAUGAGUAAGGCACACCAAGGGGAUAAGGUAGAAGUGAAAGAGAUUGUCUGGGAUCCCUUCUUCCCAAGUCCAGCCACAAAAGAUCGCCUGGAAGCUCAUGAGAGGAGGAGGGUGGCUAAGCACAGAUGGGGCCUUCCAAUGCGCGUUCAGCAAUCACUGGGAGUAUUUCUACAUCCCAGACAUGCUUUAGGAUUGGAAUUGGAGAAUGCACAGUAUUUUUCUCCUCACUACAAAUCCUCCCAGGUGGCUAGAGAUUACUCUGAAACAGAAGGUGACAAUGAAGACACGAAAGACUCCAUGGUCAAAAGAAGGACAAUAAGGAAUAUGGAGGCCUUCAACCAAUUGAAACAGGGGGCAGACUCAACUAUGAACUUGAAUGUAACUGCUUUCUUGUGGCCUGGAGUCAAACUUGGUUUCUUAACCAAUGAGACCUGGGAAUUUCUCGAAUUUCACAUCCUGCGCAAGAAACUCCACCAUGCUUGGGGCCUACCCUCCAAUGUGCUGAAGUCCUUGCAUGCCUUUGCUCCAUUUCAUCUUGAGACAGAGAAACACAGGCAAAGCAUGACCAUGAGAUACCCAUGGGAGAAAGAAGAAGCCCAUAUUAUUUCAAGGAGUCUCACGUUCCUCAGCCAAGACUUACAGGAAAACUUGGAUGCCCAUGUGAGGAGGAUGACUACACACCAUAGGUGGCACCUUCCAGAACAGGUUUCACAAUCACUGAGGGCAUUUCGGAAUCCCAGAGCAUUUUCCCAAUGUGAGUUGGGUGAAGCAAGGUCUCUAACACCUUUUCAUCGCAAAUUCUCCCAAGAGCCUGAAGCUGAUUCCCAUUCAGAAGAUGACAAGGAAGACUUGCUAGAAGAUGCCAAGGUAAGAAAAAAGGCAAUAGAGAAACUGGAGAGGAAGCUCAAUUAUGUUCAAAAGGCAGCAGCUACACCUGUAUUGGCUCAAGCGACUACUUUCUUAUGGCCUGAGGUGACUCUUCCUUUCCUCACGGAUGAGGCCCAGAACCUUCUGGAAUCACACAUUCAGCACAAAAAACUCCAUCAUGCAUGGGGCUUACCUUCCUCUGUGUUGAAGUCCCUGCAUGCCUUUGCUCCAUUUCUCAUUGAAUCAGAGAAGCACCCACCAUACAUGGAAGGAGAGAAUAUAGCCAACAGAGUUUCAUGGGACAGAGGGGAAGUAUACAUUAUUACUCCAACUCUCUCAUUCCUCAGUCCAGACACAACAGAGUGUCUAGAUGCUCAUGUGAGGAGUAUGACUGCAAAGCAUAGAUGGGGGCUUCCAAAACAUGCUCAAAAUAUGCUUAGAGCAUUUCUACUUCCUGUGCCACCUUCUCAGUUUGGGGAAAUCAGGCCUCAAACUCAUCCCCACAACUCUACAUUUUAUCAAGACUCUCAUACCCAACUUCUGGGGGAGAAUGAGGAGGAGAGACUUCUGGCAAGAACCUCAUCUAUUACCCAUUUUAUAGACUGUGUGGCAGAGUUGCCUUUCCUCACUGAUGGUGCUCAAGAUGUUCUGGAAGUCCACAUCCAGCACAAGAAGAUCCAGCACCAGUGGGGCUUGCCAGCCAUUAUUCAGAAAUCAGUGUGUGCAUUUGCUCCACCCCCCUUGGAGCCACAGGAGAGCCCCCAAACUUCAGUGGGAGUGAGCACUGAUGGAAGGAGACAAAAGAACUUUAUUGAUGAAUGGAGAGCUGGUGCCAAGGAAUGGCCUGGGGCAAAGGAGGCUCCUGUUUCUUCCCAGCACUCGCAUUUCUUACAUUCAAGAUCAAACAAACACCAGAAAAAACACAUCAAGAACCUCAACAUAGAGCACCAGUGGCACCUCCCUAAACUGUCUCAGAAGUCAAGGAGGGCCUUUAUCACAGAAGCUGAUGAAAUGGAGGAGGAGGAGGAGCCUUUGACUUAUUCUGGCGCCCAGACCCUCCAAGUGCCAAACACUCCUUUUCAAACAGGAGCAGAAAAGGAAGCCAGCUCAGGGUCAGAAGAUCAACCCACAUACACCUCAGAGCUGUUUUGGAAAAUACAGCAUAGGAUGGUUUCCUGGCCAGAUGCCGAAAAGAAUACUGGAUCUCUCUAUCCUCAUACAAAAGUUCAGCAUUUCACAGUAAUCCAAGGGACAAGCAGCAGCUCGGAGGGUGAACGAGAAGCUCCGCAAGUGAGUACAUUGCAGAUAUUUACACUGAAUCUACAUCAUGCUGCGCAGUAUCCACAAAUUUCUGGCAAGGCAGAGGAGUCUUGUGAGAUAUUCAACUGUCCCUGCUCAUGCCAUUCAUCAACAUCCACAAAAGGCUCAGCUUCAUCAUUACAAUUACUUGCAGAGCAAAGGUGGAGGCAGGAGCAGCAAGAAAAUUCCCAGGAAAAUGGAAAGGAGACAGAGGCAGGGUCCUUUUCUCAGAUAUCAGAGAAUAAUGGGCCCCAGGACUCUGAUUCUUUCCCAGGAGAAAGUAGAAAAGAUCCUUCCAUUUCAAGGGAAGCCGAGGUGGAUUUUUCUGUUCAGACAUCAGCUAAUAUUGAAUGUCAGGACUCUGAUUCAUCCUCAGGAGACAGAGAUAAGAAUACUUCCCUCUCAAAGGAAGGGAAGGCUGACUCCUCUUCUCAGCCAUCAUUGAAUACCGAACUCCAGAUUCAUCCUUCAUCCUCAGGAGAUAAUAAAGAUCCUUCCCCCUCACAAGAGGCAGAGGCAGAUGCCACUUCUCAGAUAGCACAUAAUAUUGAAUCCCAAAUCUCUGGUUCAUCCUUAGGUGAACAUAUGAAGGAUGCUUCACUCUCAGAACAUGAAUUUUCCCAGGCAUAUUUUGGGCCUUUGAAAGCAGAUGACACUCAACAGUACAACACUCUUGUCUCCCGGCAAGCCUUGGAUCCCACCACACAGCCAUCCCAUACCCUUGAUUCUCAAUGUUUCCAUGAGCAUGUAGUAGGCCCCGUGCAUUAUAGCCAGGCAGAUCAACAGCACCAGGCAAAAUGGGGCAAACAAAGCUGUGACAGUGAGGAAAGGAAGCAAAUAACCAACCAAAUUAUUGAAGAUACAGCCACCAGCAGUGACAAAGGGGGCCAAGCACCUGGACAGCUAAAAGGGUGGUCCUCUGAAUCCCCUUGCUGUAAUCUGAAACCUCACCCACCCACCCCCAAAAGUGAGGACCCCAUGGAGCACCAAGAUAUCCAAGUCUCUGAGAAUAGGGAGACCUCAAGUGAAGACUCCCAAGAUCAAGAACAAUCCAACCAGCAGGUGUCGCAUUUAUCUCAAAAUCAAGAUUCUGCAAACACAGAAGUUGAAUUCCAAAUGAAGCCCACAGAUGGUUCCCUGCUACAGACAAGUGAUAAUAUGGGGAAAGAAAGGGAGGAAGGUGGUGCCUGCUCAUCUUCUGAGUACAGCACAGAAUGUGAACUGGAGAGAGUCGGAGACUGGGAUGGUGGGGAAGAAAUAGGUGAGAAGAGCUCAUGUGUGAGAAAGGAGGAAGGAGUCAGUAGUGAAGAUGCAGAGGAGAUGCCCAUGGUGGAGCCCAGAAGUCUGAGAUAUGCAGAUUCUCUGACAGCAGGAGCACCCCAAGUUUCUCCAGAGGAUGUUGUGCCUUCCUCAGAGACCUCAGAUGAAAGGGCCAGCCUAAGCAAAACAAAGCUGUUUGAUGUGGCAAGGCAAGCAGUUUCUGAACAAUUUGAACACCUCCGUACACCUCAGUCAGUUGCAGAUGAAAUGACUGAAGCUCUGGAGCUCUCCAGGCAACUCUCUGUAUCUCACAAAAGAGUGGCCUUCCGGGAGGAAAAUCAUGAUUUUGAACAGACAGAGAUCUUGGGGAAUGACAGGGAAGAAGAAGGAAAUGCUGAUGGAGAAGCAUCCACAAUAGAUCCUGGAGGUGGGGAACACCAAGGAGCUGGGAGGAAGGAUGAGGAGGAAGAAAGAGGAGAAGCAGAAGAAGUAAGAGAUGGAGGAGGUGAAAGAGAAGGAGAAGUAAGAGAUGGAGAAGGAGAAGUAAGAGAUAGAAAUGGUGAAGAAAUUUUGGGUGGGAGAAGAAAGGCAUCCCAUAAAGAAACUAUUGGAGAAAAAGAGUUAUCAACCAAACAUGAGAGCAAACAGGUAGCUAAGACAACAAGAGGGGAAGAGGCCCCCAGGUUAGAACAAAGGAUGGGCAAGCAGCUGGUGCAAAAAGGCUCCCACCCUCAUGCUGUAGGUGGCAUAUCUUCAAAACACACUGUGAAAACAGAUGGGAAACUGUCUAUACUUGGUAAAAUCCUGGAGAGAAAAAUGCAUCUGCGGGAUGGGAUGAAUAUCUGGAUGCAGAAUACUGAAAAGCCGGGGGUCAUUUCAGAAGGGAAGUCAAAGAAAGGAGGCCAUGCAACGAGCGGUAUGGGAAAACACCCUGGAGAAAGUCAGAGAGAGAGAAAGGAUUUGGCCCAAUCCAAAUUUAGGAAGAAAAGUGAAAGGAAGAUGACUCAAAGCAUGUUGUACAAGAGGAAGCAGAGUGGGGGUGCUGGUGAAACAAGGCUCCUUGAGAAAAGAGAAGGGAGAUCAGUCCGAUGGGAUCAUGAAUCUAAACCCAGAAAAGGGAGAACAAGUUUCAGGAGCUGGAAGCAGAGCAUAAUGUCAAGGCUCAGAGGAAGCAGCAGGGAUAAAAAAUCAAGCAGUGGAUCGAGAAGCAGGUCAAGCAGUAGGGAACCAAGAUCAAGCAGCCAGACAAGGAGCAGGGCAAGUAGCAGAAAUCUAAGAUUCAGCAGCUGGUCAAGGAGCAGGGGAAGCAGCAAGGGCCGAAAUUCAAGCAGCAGGUCAAGAAGCCGGGGAAGAAGCAAGGACCCAAGUUCAAGCAGUAGAAAUCCGAGAUUGAGCAGCCGGUCAAGAAACAGGUCAAGCAGCAAGGACCCGAGUUCAAGCAGCAGGUCAAGCAGAAAUUUAAAAAGUCCAGAAAGCACUGGGACAAGCAGCAAAGAUGGAGCAGAAGUUGAGUGAGUGGCAAGGUGUGCACUAAGGACUGAAAACUGAGCAUCAGCAGGGCAACCUGCAAGAUCUAGUCCCCUUGACAAAGAGGCCAAGGGAAAAUGAUAAGCUGCUCUGGUGGAGUGUGUAGGAUGCCUUGAUGACAAGGAUUUUUUAAAAUGCCGCACCAUGAAUAUCAAAUGGUGGUGACAGGAAAAGAGCACAAGGCUCCACCUUCCACUGAUGGUUGUCGAGAUGCUGAAGGCUCAGCAAACCUAUCACUUACCUUUUUUACCGCGUAUGAAGCAUUCUUAAAUUGUUUUGUAAUGUAAUACGUUUUUGUCAAUAAAUCUCUAUGUUAGCAGCACUGUGUUGGGGGGUUUGCAGGGCCUAAAUAUAAUAACCACCGGUGGGGAACGGAGACAAAUACAGUCCGCCAAGAACCUCUAUCUGGCACUUGCAAUCCUUACCAGGUCACACACAUGUCCUUCAUCGGCCCUGCUUCACACAGCCCUUAAGUGUUUUCGUCUGGUUUUGUUUUCCCCAGUACAAUUUAUUUUUUGUAAAAUACAUUUUCUAACAAAUACAGUACAAAUACUAACAGUCCCCCAGAAGGGAAUGCAGCCAUUGUGAUGAAAAAAGUUCCCCAAUCCUGCCUUAGAUGACCAGUCUGACUUUACUGGUGGUGCUGUGGGUUAAACCACAGCCUAGGUGGUUACCUAGGCUGUGGUUUAACCCACAGCACCACCAGUAAAGUCAGACUGGUCAUCUAGGGCUUGCCAAUCAGAAGGUCGGCGGUUCGAAUUCCUGUGACAGGGUGAGCUCCCAUUGCUCAGUUCCUGCUCCUGCCAACCUAGCAGUUCAAAAGCACGUCAAAGUGCAAUUAGAUAAAUAGGUACCACUCUGGCGGGAAGGCAAACGGCUUUUUUGUGCACUGCUCUGGUUCGCCAGAAGCGGCUUAGUCAUGCUGGCCACAUGACCUGUACACUGGCUCCCUCGGCCAAUAAAGCAAGAUGAGCACCGCAACCCCAGAGUCGGUCACAACUGGUCCUAAUGGUCAGGGGUCCCUUUACCUUUUUAACUACUGUAGGCAGCUCUAGGGGAGCAACUGCACAUUCACUCCAUUCAAGUCUAACCUGGGUGCUCACCCAUCUUCUACUGGGACUGGCCCAUGUGCCUCCUGGUCCUGGUGUUCACCAUCAUUGGUUCACAAGAAGUUAUUAGUACUCUGGCACCAACCCAUUGAGAGGUGAUCUGGCCCUUGGGAAUCUUCAAAGGCCACACAAAUGGCCACACAAAUCCCUGGUCUUACUUCACCUUCUUAGCUGGUUUUUGUUCGCUUGUUCAUUGCCUGGUUGGAAUGUGUCAUUGAACUGUACUGAUACCUCUUUGUAGCCUGGAUGGAGAGAGGUACCCCUGGCUUUUGUGAGACUUGUAUGAUUGCAGCCAAUUGUACAAAUAUAAGAGUUGCAUCCAUUGUCCUACCCACCACAGGCAUGUGGACCCCAGAAGAUUGCCCACUAGGCCCUCAAGCUAAAAAAAAAAAAAUGUUCUCCUCUGUCUUAAAUCCCUAUUAUGUCACAAUGUGCUCAGGGGUAGGUUUCAUCUGUGCUUUUUCUUAGCAGGGGGUGGGGGACACACAGAAAUAACCAUGAUGUGCUGGUUUGGCUCAACCAUAGUGUUCUGUGACCCAUGGAAAUAAUGCACAAGAAGUCAAUUCAGUUCAUAAAUAGUGGUAAAAUUGACAGAUGAUCCAAAAGUCCUUGAAGCCAUUUUUCAAUCAGGUGUAGUUUGUGCAAUUCAUGUAUAGCUUAUUAAACUUAAAGAUCUCUUGGUGUUUGGGAUCUUAGUACUGUUCCUUUGCAUGAAAUUUAAAUUGUAGCCCAUUUUGUUUGAGGAUAGAUAAUACUGCCAUAGAUCUCGGGUACCAGAGUCUGCUAGAGAAUGGUAGAAAUUAAUAAACAGUAGUAUUAAGAUGCUAUUUAGGAUAUGAAGGGAAAAUACAAGCUGCAGAAUUGUGCCAGACAAGAAAUUCCUGGAUUAGUUUACGCAAAAUGGCCUGGCUAAAUGCAGAGACAUCAAGGAACAAUGGAGACCCAAGUACUGAGUCCUUAAGAGUCAUUAGAAAUGCAAAAGCACUCCCUCCCCUCCCCCCAAGCAGUGGAAAGAGACAGAAGAGUUGGCAGGUUGCCAAGAUGGUGGGGAGGGGGUGAUGUCAAAGGAAAACUUGUCCCUUUUGAAAUCUAAAGGUGUUCUGGGAACAAAAAGGAGGAAGUAGGCAGAACUCCGCGCAGUGCUGGGUGGAGGAAGCUGCGCUGAGAGACCAGAAACCAUGACUGAACUGCUACUCUCAACACAACCUUGAAAGGAGCAAUGAGAGACACUUUUGAAGCAUAAUGUUCUUCAUGGAAUAUAUGUAACAUAAACCAUAUUUCUUAAAGACACUAGCCUCUGCUAGUGCCUGUCACCAUCAUGCAGUUGGGAGAGAUCCUUUUGAUUUGUUUAUAACCCUGAAUAAUUUGGCACGAUCCACAAAACUGGCCACCUCACUGUUCACUGCUAACUGCAGGGCAUUUAUGAAUAAGUGAAAAAGCAGCAGUCCCAGUAUAGAUUCUUAGAGAUCCCAGUCCCAUGGAAGUCUAUACACAGCUGACUCAGGCUGAAGGUGGGCCUGGAAUCUGACAUUGCUGGGCUCUAGAAUCUUGUCAUGUAAUAAGAACAGCUCUGCAGUAGGGAGAGCUGAAACUGUAAAUUUUGGGUUUUCUCAGUAUGCAGUUUCCCCAACUUUAAGUGUAAACUUUUGGGUUUGAAGAAAAGCAUCACAGAAAUCAGAAAAGGGUAGAUUUCAAAGGACAUUGUGUUUCAGCUCACUUAUUGGUUGAGGAAGUACAAGUUAGGCAAACAGCCCAACUGUUCAGCACCAAAUACAAGGCUACAAAUAUGUGUAAAUUAGGUGUACCUCUAGAGCUAUACAGGACAUUCAAAGCUGACUGGUUUCUGUAAACUAACCUGAGAGCUUCAAGUGCAGGUAAUAACUGUUGUACAGUGGUACCUCUGGUUACAAACUUAAUUCGUUCCGGAGGUCCGUUCUUAACCUGAAACCAUUUGUAACCUGAGGUACCACUUUAGCUAAUGGAACCUCCUGUUGCUGCCAUGCCACUGGUGUGCAAUUUCUGUUCUCAUCCUGAGGUAAAGUUCUUAACCCGAGGUACUACUUCCAGGUUAGCGGAGUCUGUAACCCAAAGUGUUUGUAACCUGAGGUGUUUGUAACCCAAGGUACCACUGUAAUUACAAAUUCCUAGCAGCCCCAGUAGCCACCAUAUUCAAUGGCCAGAGAUUAUGGGAGCUGUUGUCCAACAAUAUCUGGAGGACCACAGGUUCCUGAAUCCCUAAGAAACCCUCUUCACACUCCUAUUUCCCUUUGGAAGGCUCCAGAUGAACAUUUUGAUGCAAGGUUUAUUGGAGGCUGAUGGUUUUAUUUAUUUAUUAUUUAUUUAAUCAAUUAAUUAUUUUAUUUAUGGCAUUUUCAUCCCACCUUCUUCCCCAUGGGCAUCAAAGUGGCAUAAAUGGUUUUCUCCCUCCUCAUUUAAUCCCCACAGCAACCAUAUGAGGCAGAUUAGGCUGAGAGGCAAGUAUUAACCCAAGGUCACCCAGUGAGCUUCAUAGGUGAGUUGGAAUUUCAAUCCUGGUCUGACACUCUAACCACUACACCACACUGAGGAGAGAGCAUGGAAGGAGAGACUAGGUUUGGGCUAUCAGUGGGUUACCACCACCCAUCCAUUAUUUUAAAGCUUCUAUUGCUAUCCAGAAAAGCUACAACUUUGAAAAUGAAAGCUGAGAUUAAUAGGGUAGUAAAUUCUGUGCCAGACUAUCAGAUUCCAUCCAAUGGGGAUGUGGAUGUAGGAUGCAUGCGGAGGACUCUGUGGUGGGCUGAAUUCCAUUUGAACUCACAAGCACCAAGCCGCAGUGUUCAGUUUGACUGCUCCAUCGAGAAUUGAAUGUAUUGGCUUGAUCUGGUUCAUUGCUAAUUUCAGGUUCAUAGCAAAAGCGGGGGCGGCAACAUGGAAUCAUCACCUGUGCAUUUUGACUGCCAAAUUUGCACUGAUCAUAAGACUGCUGGAACCUGUUUGCCCGCUGCUCUGAUGGAAUGCAAUUAAGUCCAAGCAGGCGGCAGCGGCUUCCAUGACUGGAGAGAACCCAGGGCGUUCCCAAGGUUCUUUUGUUGGUUCUUUGUGUUGUUCUUUGGAACGUUGGAACGUUGCUUUAAAACACUGCUAACUGCCACUGCCUGGGGGAUACAGACCAUCUCUUGGGUGCAAAGACUGCAUUCACAAAGAUGGGACUGAUUUCCCUUAUCAAUUGCUUUUUCCCUUUGGACUGCUACUUCAGCUUGUACACUACUCUAGUCCUGGCUCUGUUCAUCAGCCUCUUCCAAAUGAUCCUAUGUGGCUCCUUUGUGUGGUGCAAGAGAGUUGGCCAAGCAUGGAGAAGCAUCUUGUCCUUUUCAGUGGAACCUGAAAUCACUGAGAAUCCCCACUUUUUGGAGCAACAGCUGGGCAGUUUGUUCCCCUCUGAGACCGGCACACCGAUGGUGAGUUUCAGUGACACCUUUGUUCAUGUCUGAAGUUGACUCACAUUGGGGGGGUUUUCAGUUCCCAACAGCAAUAUUUGCUUCCUCAUUUAUUUAAGAGAUCUCCUACCCAUCCUUCAGCAGAAACCUUCCCAAGGCAGGUCACAGCCAUAUAGCAUCAAAACCCAAAAUAAAACAACUAUGUGAGAAUACAGACAAGCUGACUCAUCCCCACCACAUUUGGUUUUCUCAGCUUACAACAGCAAUAUGUACUUACAAAUUUAUUUAAGAGAUUUCCUACUUUUCCUUCAGCACAAAGGUUCCCAGAGCAGGUCACAGCUAUAUAAUCAAAUAAUAUCAAAAUCCAAAAUAAAACAAUUAUAUGACAAUACAGAAUUCGCACACAUGUUAACUGGCAAAAGGCAAGGCUCAGAGAAUGAUAGAAACUACUUAAUGAGCAUUCAUGGGGAUGGGGUUCCAUGUUUUAGGGGCCUUCAAUGGGCAGAAAGCAGCAAUGUGAUGCCAUGGUCAUAAUGAAAAUGGCAUUUUAACGGGCCAUUUGAGUCUUGCAUUGACACAAACUUCGACAUUGAAUGAACCUCUAAGUGAGAUGGGAGGAGUCAAAAAUGACCUGACAGUAUUGCAUGAUUUGGCCACCAGGAGACAGGAAUGCAGGAAGUAGCCUUAUACAGAUCCAGACUGUUGGUCCAUCCAGUUUAGUACUGUCAAAGCAGACCAGUGGCAGCUCUCCAGGAAAUCAGACUGGAAUUUUCCCCAGUCCUAUUUAGAGAUACCAGGGAUGGAACUUGGAACAUGCCUCAUUCUGCCUGAUGGCAUAGUACCCUGUUUAGUAAGGUGGUAUUUCCAAUUGGUUGUUCUUCCCUUUGAAUAACUUCGCUGCCUCCUCUCUUCCUAGAAGGAACAUGUGGAACACAGAAGCCAUCUCCAAGCAGCUGUUGGAAAAGAAGAAGGCAAGCCAUCGAGACAGGAACCAGCUCAUCCCGGUGAUUUAUUAUUAUUUUUAAGAGCCAAGCUCAAUGUUGACAUUUGAUCAUUCACAUGGUCUUUCAUGGCAUCCAUGAAAGUGUACAUACACACAUUUGUUUGUUGGUUGGGUUCAUUCAAUAAGAUAAGUUCAAGAUAAUAAAACCCAGAUCCAAAAUCUUUUAAAAAACAAAAGAAAAUGUAUUCAAAACUUAAAAUUAUAGGAGGAGACAGAAUACACACAGGAAAACUAGCCGAGAAUCAUCUAACAAAAAUACUUAGAGUUGAGUUGAGUUAGUCAAUGCAAUGCAAUCUAGAAGUUGGCUUACAAUGCCCAUAUAAUCCCUGGUCAUUGGACAUGCUUGCUAGGGCUGAUGGGCACUGCAGUCCAACUACAUUUGGAAGGCCACAGAUUCACUGCUGUUCUGAAAUAAAGUCAGUGCCUCUUAGGCCCACAAAUUGGUAUAUAAGUAUUCUAACACAUCUAAUAAAUAUAUAAAUAUGUCAUGAGGUCUGACAGGGAAGUGUCAGGCCCCCACAGGUCGAGAAGAGGCUGGAUGCUUGGAAUGCAACUGGCUUUUUAUUCACAGAAAGUAACCCAGCAAAAUUUCCCUGGCUCGACUCCUUCAGCUUGAGAAGUUGCAGGAAACUUAGCUCCGGCCCCACCUUUCCCCUCUACACUCUCAAUCUGGAGCCCUCCCUAACAGACGGUGACUCCAAUGUGGGAGUUAGGUCCUACUCUUCUGGUUCUGUAUGACUCAUUGCUUGGCAGCAGGCAGGACUUCCAGCACCACCCAACUCAACCCUUCCCCACUGUCCCACCACCAGGACCCGGGCUCUAAGUCUUUGUCUUCCCUGUCUUCCCUGGCGGGCUCCUCAUCUGGCCAGUUCCUGACAAAAUAUGAGAGUCAGUGGGCUCCAUACCAACCUGGAGGUGGAGAAAAGCUCACCAGUGCCUUCAUUUGGCUUACAGGUACCAACCACCAGGAGAGAGAACCACAAAAUAUAGGCAGUCGCUGUGCCUCCAUCCGCAGAUUGCUAUGUGACAAUACAGCCUGUGCCUUAUGUGACAGGGCAGCCAUGGAGGCUGAGGAAGUGAUGUGUGUCCAUGGAUUAAACCCUGGGUUUCAAAGAGAUGACAUCAUUUCCCCAUGGAGCAACAGUGAACCUGCCCCAAACUGUCACCAUCCAGAAUUGGGCCCAGAAACAACUCCUUCAUCCAGGAAGGAGCAAGUUCUUCCCAAAUGCAAGGGGAAGAAAGAAAAGCCACUCCAUUCUACUCAGCAAGCUGUUUCCAUUUUCAGGGAGUAUGGCAUGAGUCCUAGCCAUCUCAACAACCAUUCCAUGUUCACUAUGAAUGAACGUUAUGACAGCUCUGAUGACAGAAGUUGGGAAAUGAGGGACCACUUCUACUCCUCUUCUAGCACAUCUUCUGUGCUGUCUUUCAAUAGCUGGGCAGAUCACAGUCCCUCUACUGAACUGCCAGAGUUAUCCUAUUUCAGCAAGAAGAACCAUAUUCCUUUGAGGCAUAGGAAAAAUGAAGCAUCCUCUUUGUGUGAAAAGGAGAACUACCAGGGCAUGAGAUUCCACCUUAAAGCAGCAAGACAUUUCCCCACUUUCUUACCUGUGGUCUCACAAGCAAAUACAAAGUCUCCUAGGGUUGAAUUCGCUACCGCAGACACUCCCUUUAUGGCAAAGGCUCCAAGGACCUUGGAGCAGCAUUUGGUCAUGAAAAGAGUUCAACACAAACUGGGUCUUCCAUCAGUCGUCCUCAGGUCAUUCAAGGCUUUUUUGCCUCUUGGUAUGGAUUCCACUUUCCUGCGCCGCACAAAGAAGGAGGCUACUGUGUUGAAGAGGCCUCGGCUUCUUCCUUUCAUGAAUGUGGCAAAGAGCAGGACACUGGAGCAACACAUGAAAAAGAUGAUUUGCAUGCGGCGUUGUGGGCUGCCAAGGCAAGUCCAAGAGGCCCUCAAGCACAUGAAGCUGGCCUCUCACCUCACCACAAAUAUAGCAUCGUCUGCACACAGGAAAAAAGGCCGAGGCAUCGUCAAGGGUGAGAGAGAAGGGAAGGUUCACUGGCACGUUCUACACUGGGAAUCCACAACCAGGGAAACAGCCCUCAAAUCUCCCCCUCCUUCCAAAGCAAACCCCCAGACUACAACUGGUAAGAAGUCAUUUAAGGCCAGACACAAGCUAAUAGAGAAUUCCCAGAGAAUAAUUGUCCCAGAGGAGAAGAAAGCCCCCUUGCCCAAGCUGACCCUACCGCACAGCAGUUACACUCAGCGACUCAGCAGGCCAAGGCCAAGUCUCCGGGGGAAGGCAGAUUGUGUGGAUAUGAAUGUUAAGUAUAAAGGCAUUCAAUUCCUAUGGGCCCCCCCUACACUGUACAUUCAACCCCUGAGCAAUAUAAUACCCAGUGCUCCAGAGUUGCUAGCUCCCCCAUCUUGGUCGCAUCACACCACUGAGUUUGUCCACGCAAGGACACCUUUUCUUCCUGCCAAUGAGGAGCAGUGUUUGGAAUCCCAUGUCAUCAGAAAGAGGGCUCAACACCCGUGGGGCCAGCCCAAACUGACACAAGAGUCUUUGCAAAAGUUCCACCUGCCUACAGCACCCCAUGCUUCCUCCAAAUUGUACUCGGGAGGGGAAGUGAGGGUAUCCCCUAGGAGCUCCUUGCCUUUUGCCACCUUGGAGACCAAGAAGCACCUGGAGGGCCACAUCGAGGGUAAGGUCAUAGAGCAGGGGUGGGGCAUCCCCAAGCGAGUCAUGGAGUCCCUCCACCACUCCACUCCACUAACAAAGGAGCCCAAAGGCAGUCAGGAGAUGUCUGCAUCCCACAAGGGGAAGAGGAUUCUGGGGAGCCUUCCAUUGGGGAAAGCACCAAAUUUCUCUGGGAUGCCAAAGCCACAGUGCAACCAGCAUCAAGUGCUGAAAAGACCCGUGGACCAAGAGACUCAUGAAAUCUCACUGGAGCUUGUUGACCCCAUGUUUCAUUUGCCUCAGUCAGCUGGCCACCAAGUCAAGGAACAUGACCUUCCUAAAGUUGCCCCACUUGGUUUGAAAGCCCAGCAGCCUCAAUCCCACGAGGUUCCAUUUGCAGAGAAAGACAUCACCGUUCAUAUCAAACUCAACAUUGCAAGCAAAGGUUUGGCUCACAGGCAAGGAUUGUCCACACUCUACAGAAAACCUUUAUCCUAUUUGUACAAGGAGGACACCCUUCAGGUGCCCUUUUCCACCUUGCCCAGAAAGGAUACCAUCUUUGACUUCACCUCAGCAGAGAUCCCAUUCAUUGAGCAGAGGACUCGGGAGGAUCUGGAAUGGCACGUGAGAAAAAAGAGGUUGCAGCAUGCUUGGGGGUUGCCAAGCCUUGUCCAGAGAUCUCUCCAUUCUGUUUUCCCAGUUGUCCCCCAAUCACAGCAGCACCGGACAUUGCAGCACGUGGAGGUGAAUGUUCUUCUGGAUGAGCUUUCCUUCUUCAGUGAUGCCAUCAUCCAAGAACUAGAGCAGAAUCUGCUGAAAAGAAUUACACUUCACCGAUGGCGCUUACCCCAAAGGGUCCUUGAGUCCCUCAGGCUGCUUUCCCCAGAGAUUGUGGCUGUUGCAGGGAAACAGGAUGGAACUAGGAUAGGGAGGAGGACAAUGACAAGUCAGCCUUUGGUGUACCCCACACUUCAGUCUGAAACUAUAGAGCAUAAGAUACUCCACUUGGAUGAAAAAGGUCCAGACAUUUCCCCAACCUUGGCCAGACAUACUUGGCAAUGCAUGUCAACUUCACUGAGUCAGUUUCUCCCCAAGACCCUCCAUAGUCAUGGGCUUCUGGAGCCACACAACGACAUCCAGCCAUCUGAUUGGACAGAAAGCAUGGACCAGGUUGAGUCGGCCAUGCAACAUGAUCAUUUGCUGUCACUCUGGGGCAUGAAGGGUCUGGGUGGAACAAGGCACAUGUCACCACUGCAGCCUUCCAUUCCCAGAACAGCAACCACCUUCAUGUUUUCAGAAGCAAAGACACCAUUCCUCUUGGAGCAAGAAAGGCAAGCCUUAGAACUCCACAUUAGAAAAAAGAAGCUACAGCAUGAAUGGGGCUUGCCUAGUCUUAUUCAGAAAUCCUUGCAUGGCUUCAAGUCACAGGCUCCCCCACUGCCCAGUCUCCAAAGGGCUGAAGCUCAUGUCUACAUUCUACUACAGAAACCAUCGUUCCUUCCCCAAAGCACCUACAGUCAGCUGGAAUUCCACAUUCAAAGGAUGAUGCUACAGCGACAAUGGAAGCUGCCUAAGAGGAUUCUGGAAUCUAUCAAGAUUUUCAACCCUGCAUUUGGGACAGGUCCCUUGGAACUACAAAAUACAGAGUACCAAAAUAAAAGCUGUGACUCUCCGGGCAGAUUAUACCCUGCCAUCCCAGUAGCCAGAGAAGAGCUGUCCUCUUGGGAAGAGGCAAGGCAGGCGACGUUUGUGGGUGAGAACAUCUUCACACAUGGACCCAAGGCUUACAGGGCACAGCAAAUGGUCAGCCCACACCAGGAUACGGAGGCAGGAGAAGUCCCUGAAGGAGCUUUUUCUGAAUCAUCAGCUGCCUCUACAGAUCACCAUAGCCUCAGGAGAAAGUCCACAGAAACUGGUCUCCAGCCCAUGGGAAGCUUCAAGGUCACACCUGACGAACCUUUCCAGAAGCUUGCCCCUCUUUACAGCCAAGUGAAGCCCAGAAGCACAUUUCUGCCCUUGGUGGAGGGUGAAGCAGUGGAUAAGGGGGAGCUGAACAUCAGGUACGAAUAUCCAGAGCAUUUACCUAGUCAACAGAGUGAAAUCUUGAAUACGAUAUAUGCAGACUCUGCAGCCUGGCCACACAUGGAUGAAUGUUUCACAGGAAUAGACUCAAUGAAUGUUUCCCUGGAUGGAAGUGAGGCUAGAGAGAAACCAGGAAUUAACGUCUACAAGGAGCAUUCGGUGGCAAUGGCAUCAGUGGAUGACAAAAUGAUUGACCUUGCAGCCUCUCAAGAUGAGGCUCAGGAGCAACUAGAAUCCUACACCAAACAUAAGAAAAUCUUUCACCAUUGGGGCUUAUCACAAGUUGUGCAGAAAUCCAUGAGAGCAUUUUGCCCACCUCCUCCUAAGUCCCUUCCUCCUAUUUGUCCACAGGUCACCAAGGAAAUCAUUAGCAUGGAUCCAGACACUGAAAAAGAAGAAAGUGCCACGGGUGAUAGUCUCUUUGUGGAAGAUGAAAAGGUUCUCUAUUGGGAAAAGCAACAGGCAGUGGAGCAAGUUGAUGUUAGUACCAAGAAAACACAGAGAGACAAGAAAAUGAGCACCAUUGAUGGAAUCCCACAGGAAAUUGAGAAUGGAGUUCCUACUGAGAUAAGCCUAUACUCCUCAAAGGACACCACUGGUGAGAGACCACAAAUGUCAGCAGAAGAUUCUGUGAUAAAUGAGCCGCUAGAAGUCAUGAAGGAAGUUAAUAACAGCCCACAGGCCACAGAUGCCCUGAACAUUUUAGGACCUGAGGCUGCAGAUAAUACUUAUUUGGAGAUUCUGCAGGGCACAGAGGAAGCAAAUUAUAUGGGGGAGACCCCACAAAGAGUUGAGGAACUGGUAUUUAAUACAAAGAGCCCACACGUAGUUAAAGAAGAACUAUCUACCAGUGAAAGCUCACAAGCCACAGAAGAAGCAAGGUUCAUCGGACUGGAAGCCACAGAAGAUGCUGCUAGUGAGAUACCACAAGCUGCAGACACUGUAUCUGGUGAGAGAAGUCCGUAUAACACAGAGGAAGAGAACCUCACUUAUGAGAACACACAAGUAGCCACUAGCCCAGAGAGCUCAAAAGAGGAUGAAGAAGUGGCCAUUGCUAUUGGGAGUCUAGAAGCCACUGAAGAUGCAAGAGCUGCUGAACAACAGGCUAGUCAGGUUUCACAGGUCACAGGGGAGGAGGUGACCAUUGCUGGUGAAAGCCCACAGGAUCUGGAGAGUGAGAGUGUGACUUCCAGGAGCUCACAAGCAUCAGAGGAAAUGGAUGUCGCUCCUGAGAUCCGAACUGAUGUUGCAGAGGAUGGAGAGGCACCACAAGCAGAAGAGGAAAUUAUUUAUGACAUUCCCUGGGUCACAACUACAGGAAGCUCCCAAGAAGAUGAUGAAAUUGGCCUUAUGGGUGAAAAUCCACAGAAUAGAGAGAAAGCAGGCAUAGUUCCUGGGAGCCCACCAACACCAGAGGAGAAAGCAGUUGCUGGUGAAAGCCGAGAGGCCACAGAUGAAAUGGACAAGAGCUCAGAGAUCGCAGAAAAGCAGAGCACUCAGACAGCGUGCCCAUCAUCCAAAGAGGUAGUAACUGCAGAAAGGGAAAGUCCCCAAGCAGAAGAGGGUGUGCCUGGUGAGCACCCGCCAGUCACAGCUACAGAGAGUCCACAGGGAGAAGAAGGCGUUAGAGUUGCCAAUGAGAGGUCUCAGGUGAUAGUUCCUGAGGCUGAAGAGGCUGGGUGUGGUAGGAAGCCAUUUCAAGACACUAAGCAACAUGGGGAAGCCCACUCCAGAAGGCAGGCUGUGACCUUCAGGUGGGGCUUUCUGAAACGAAUCCAAGAAUUCCCACAGGCAUUCUUGCUUCAUCUGCAGCCCAGAUACCACAGGGGCUAUAAACUGACAGGAGGACUUGGAGACCAAUCCCAAGCCAAAACGAAAUCAGGCCUGCGGAAGAAGCCACCAGUCUUCCGGACUGAACUGCGGCUCCAGGUAGAGCGCGGUGGAAAAAUCAGUAUUUGUGGGGCUACGAAGAAGCCCCUUCCUUUAUUUUCUCCAAAAGCCCAUCCCUCUAUGGUGAUCCCAGAGGGGGGAGGCAAAGGAGGCAGCCAGGAGAUGAAACCUGGGAAGUGCCUGGGCAGACCUUCCUAUCUUAAAGGAAGGGCAUUGAGGCACAAGGCGGUACUGAAAUCCACUCUGCAUGUACAUAUGCAGAAGAUGGCACCAGAACAGGACUCGGAGAUUCCUCUUGAGCCAGAGAAGCAUGAACAGAAAGUUCUGUUCCCUGGUGCCACACUGCUCAGCGAUUACAAUGCAAGCCCUAGAUCCAGCCAAGUUCCUGAAUCCCGGGGGCUCAGGUCUCUAGACAAAAGCAAAGAGCCAGUUCCAUGUACUUGCAUUGAAAGAUUUAUUGGGGAUAAAUGCAGUAUUUCAUGGCAGCUCGAAUCCAGCCUCCAGGGGAUGGUACAGAACAACCAACAUCCAGUAGGACCGAGGAAACCUCAGCCUCUAGAUAUCUCACAUGCUACUGCUUCACCCUGUGUGUGCCAUACUGCAGUUCUUCAAAUAGACACCAAAUUUCCAUGUGUAAUGGGUGCAGAUCAAAAGUGUCAGCAGCAACAGGGGGUCCCAAGGGGUGCAAUGACCUUCCAGUGUGGGACUGCAGUAAAUUAUGGAACUCAGGGGUAUUUGGAUUUGCCUCCUGUGGAAGGCAAAAUGGGUAUUGAUUGCCCCAAGCAGGAAGUCUCAGGGGACAAUCUCCUUAAGCCUUCUGAAGUAGCAAGAGAUCACUUGCUCAAGACCCACAUUGCCCAGAGAGCCUUGGGGUCCUUCAUACUUCCUUGCCUUGUCAUCUCCUCACACACUGCCUAUGAAGACAUGGUGGCUGAACUGGUCAAGAAGGCAUCCAAAGAACGUCAGGAGAGACUCAGCAGCCAGUUACACAGGAGGAGGGUCAGUUUGGGGAUGCCCAAAGAGGAAAGCCAAGGGCUGCCCUUACAGACCCAGGGACAUAGAGCUAGUGCAAGGGGGCAGCAAAAGCCAUCUGCAGUGGCAUAUACUCAAGAACCAAGGAGCAGACGGGCCAGCAAAUACUCUGAUGAUAUAUGUUCAGGCAUGGCACCUGCCCCAUCUCUCAACACCAAUAAUAGCUCUCGAGUUCUGCAGGACCAGGAAGACAUCCAGUCUGCUGGAGAAAGUAGCAGUGCUUCAAGUGAGAGCUCUGAAGUUUCAGGAGAAUCCGAGGCCUCUGGAGACUCGUGUGCAUCUUCUUUGGAUGCAAACAGUGAAUUGCCAGACCCUCCUUCGGAUUGGAUUCACUUGGAAACCAAAGGUGAGGGUGUAGAAAGAGAGUCUGGGAGCAUCUCCAUCUUGGUCCCUAAGGAUGCUUCUCAGGUGCGGCCAGAGACCCCCUGCAAGCAAUGCUACCCGCAAAUAGAAGGCCAGUCGCAGUUCAGCAAUGUAUGCGAGUGGCAAAGAGCAGGAGACUGGGACAGCGACAAUGUCCAAGUUGAAGAAGACAAUAGAGAUCAGAAGGUGGGACAGAGGCCUAAAGAUAGAUCUUGCCUGAAGUCUGGAGCCAUCUUGAGACCCCAGGGAAGGCGUGCCUCUUCCAGUUCCCACAAGGAUUCUGACAAGAGGAUGUCUAUUAUUGGCUCAGUCCUGGAGAGGAUAUUGCACCUAAAGUAUGGGAUGCACAUUUGGUUGCAAAGCCAUGGCAUAAAGAAAGCUGCCUGGAGAGAAAAGAAGAGGCAAACAUUCACCACUGCCAAUUGCCCUGAGAAAGAGGACAUGUUAAAAGGGGCCGAAGAGUUCAGAGAUGCUGAACCUGCUAUGGAAGGAGGUGCUGUGCGCUAGACAGGUGGGUGUACACAUAUUCUGUAGCUCAAACUGAUGAAGAGGCCCACAAACCAGAACCCAUCUUCCAGAAACAUGGUUCAUUUCUGGCAGAAAGACAGAGGAUCCCAUUACAGCCCUGGUAUUUCAAGAAGCAUCUUCCAGAAGCCCUCCAGAGCACACCAUAAUGGAAAGAAGAGUAUGAGGUCAGAAGAGAAGUUGACGGGGUUGGAACAGGUAUGUGGAAACUCCAGCCCAUGGGCCUAAUUAGGCCAAGCAUGUGUACAUGCCAUUUCCCCCAAUCCACAUAUCAGGUGUGGGGCAGGUACUGGCAUGUCCCCACAUCUGCUUCCACAACCCUCAUUUGCAGUUGGACUGUGACAUUCUGUGGAUUCCCUCCCAACACACAACCUACAAGAAGGUCCUUUCGAAGGUCAGGGGAAUUCCAGGGCUUGCCAAACCCUGGUGAAUAGUUUGGGUUUUGUUUUGUUUUGUUUUUUAUUUAAGUGUUUUCCCAAGGUUUAAAACAUAUAAGUUUUAAUUACCAGCAGCUGCACCCCUCCAAGGUUUUCCAAUUUAUCCUUAUUCUGCUGCAUAGCAUUCUUGAUUUGUUUUGUUCUUAAUGAGCUGUAGGGGAGUUUCUUCUGUAAGAAAUAAUGUUGGUUGCUUUCUUUGCUUUAAUAAACCUCCAUUUUGUUAA